AAUAUUGUAAAAAAAAUUAUCAAAAUCCCUCGUAAAUCAAUAACCUGCCCCUUAGGGUGUGAGGUUUUUUAGUUUAGUUCGCCCGGAAAGGGGCUUCUACACUCACUAUUCUUACACUUUUUUUUUUUGAAAGAAUGUGUGAGACAGACAGUUAGCAAAGCUAGCUAGCUAGCUGAGAGAGAGAGAGAGACACAGAGAGAGAGAGAGAAGGUGAUACAGGCGGCAGGAGAACAAAAGAUUUUUUUUUUUUUUCCGCGUUUUGACCGGUUGUACUGACACCAAGUCCAUGCAGAACGUGUCAUUACCAUCACAAUGCCCGUUUUACUUUUUCUGAUAGACACGUCCGCUUCAAUGAACCAGCGCACCCAUCUGGGCACUACCUAUCUGGACAUAGCAAAAGGCGCUGUUGAGACUUUUAUGAAGCUCAGAGGGAGAGAUCCGGCGAGCCGAGGGGACCGGUACAUGUUGGUAAAUUUUGAAGACGUUCCGUUCGGGAUAAAGGCUGGAUGGAAAGAGAGCCACGCCACGUUCAUGACAGAGCUGAGGAACCUCCAAGCAACCGGACUCACAACUAUUGGCCAGUCCUUGAGGACCGCUUUUGAUUUACUCAAUCUCAAUAGAUUAGUGACUGGGAUAGACAACUAUGGACAGGGAAGGAAUCCCUUCUUCCUCGAACCCGCCAUCAUUAUCGCCAUCUGUGACGGCAACAAGUUGACCAGCAGCGGUGGAGUUCAAGACGAGCUCCAUCUGCCUCUGACCACUCCACUGCCGGGUAGCGAGCUGACCAAGGAGCCCUUCCGCUGGGAUCAGCGUCUGUUCUCUCUGGUGCUGCGUAUCCCCGGCAACGCUUCGGUGGAGCCCGAGCCCCUCGGUGGUGUCCCGCCAGACGAUUCUCCAAUCACCCCCAUGUGUGAGGUCACCGGAGGUCGUUCCUACAGUGUCUUUUCCCAGCGUAUGUUGAAUCAGUGUCUGGAGUCUCUGGUGCAGAAAAUCCAAAGUGGAGUGGUUAUAAACUUUGAGAAAACGGGGCCUGACCCUCCUCCUUUAGAAGAUGCUCCUCCUGAGGCGUUGAAGUCUGGUCCACAGCCGUGGCAUUGUUGUCACAAGCUGAUCUACGUACGACCCAACCCUAAAACCGGUGUCCCCAUCGGUCACUGGCCUGUCCCAGAGGCCUUCUGGCCGGACCAGAACUCCCCCACGCUGCCCCCCCGCUCUGCCCACCCCCACGUUCGCUUCUCCUGUCUGGACGCAGAGCCGAUGGUGAUUGACAAGGUUCCCUUCGACAAGUACGAGCUGGAGCCCUCGCCUCUCACGCAGUACAUACUGGAGAGAAAGUCCCCCCACACCUGCUGGCAGGUGUUUGUAUGUAACAGUGCCAAGUACAGUGACCUGGGUCAACCCUUUGGCUAUCUGAAGGCCAGCACUGCUCUGAACUGUGUCAAUCUGUUUGUGAUGCCCUACAACUACCCCGUACUGCUGCCACUUCUGGACGACUUGAUCAAAGUGCACAAGUUCAAGCCGACCAUCAAAUGGCGGCAGUCCUUUGAGAACUACCUGAAGACCAUGCCGCCAUAUUACAUCGGGUCCCUGAGGAAGGCUCUGAGGAUCAUGGGAGCACCAAACCUGCUGGCAGACAACAUGGAGUACGGUCUUAGUUACAGCGUGGUCUCCUAUCUGAAGAAACUCAGCCAACAGUCCAAGAUCGAAUACGACCGCCUGAUCGCCACGAUCGGUAAGAAGCUGCCUCCAGAAGCUGGUAUGAAGGUGCGAUGGCGUGGCGGCGGAUUAUCUCUGGCCCAGCGGAGAGACUUCAUCCAGCAGCUGCAGAGUCUCACGGGAGACACACCCCUUCUUCCCCUGGAGCUCAACCCCAAAGAGUUUCAGGGCUUUCAGCUGGCUCUGCUCAACAAGAGCCUAAAGCCGCAGAGUUUUAGGAAUCCUUACGACAUCCCCCGGAGCCACCUGCUGGACCAGCUCAGCAGGAUGAGGAGAAACCUGCUCAACACCAGCGUCUGUAGCCUCAGAGGGCAGGACUCAGACCAACUCCACAGCGUGCCAAUUGCCCAGAUGGGCAACUACCAAGACUUCCUCAAAGCUGCUCCUCAGCCUCUUCGAGACGCGGACCCCGAACAGCCCAAACGCCUGCACACGUUCGGAAACCCCUUCAAAUUAGACAAGAAGGGCAUGAUGAUUGACGAGGCGGAUGAGUUUGUGACCGGCCCUCAGAACAAGGGGAAGAGGCCUGUAGACAGCAACAACAUGACGGGUGGAGGGCCGAAGAGACGACGCUGCAUGUCCCCUCUGCUGCGUCUGGGCAGGGCUUACACCCCUCCUGUGACGCCACCUGCCAGCCCUCGAUCAGACAUUGACAUGAGUGACGGAGCCCCUGAGCCUGACCUGAUCAUAAACCACCUGAAUGAGAACCACUACAGCUCAGACUCAGAUGAGUCGGAUCAUCCCUCGGGGCCUGCAGACCACCAGGAGAACCACACAUCAGCGGAGCCCCAGGACCUGGGUCUGCACGAGGACGGGGACGGGGACGGGGACGGGGAAGGGGACAGGGAAGGGGACGAGGAGGAGAACGGAGAACUCCAGGCGGACGAGCUCCUGCCAGGCAGCGAGGGAGGAGCAGAGCUGCUGCUGCUGGAGGACCAGCCGCCUCGCUACCUGUCACCUACGGCUCUGAAGAAGCACAUUCACACCGAGACGACGAAGGUCAACAACGAGCUGAGGACACUCAUCACCAAGGAGAUCCGAAAACCCGGCAGGCACUACGAGAAGAUCUUCCUCCUCCUGAAGCAGAUCCAGGGCACUUUGGACACCCGGCUCAUCUUCCUCCAAAAUAUCAUCAAAGAGGCGGCCAGGUUCAAGAAGCGUGUUCUCAUCGAGCAGCUGGAAAACUUCCUGGAAGAGAUCCACAACAGAUCCCUUAACCUGAACCACGUGGACACGCUCUGAGACCGGCUCAUUCCCGAACUGAACUUAACUGAUAACGAACCCGACAGCUCUCCACAUCCUUCUAAAUCCCCUCUUCCUCUCUUUCACCGGGACCCACACGGAGACGGGACAAGACGGCAUCCAGCCCUUCAAACGAUCAUCUCUUCAGAGGAUUCUCUGAUUUAUCUCAACAUGACUGAAGGUCUGGUUGGUUUGCACACAGGAUGAACUAAAGGCAUUCUGACUCUGGGGGAAGCAGGAUGAAGGAAGCUGCUGCAGGUGAAGCGUUAGAUGUUUGUGAACUCGUCCUGAGGCGUUCCCCGUCAGUAUCCUCCUCCCCUGAGUCGAUCUUGUUCUUUUUUUUAAAGAGUCAAAUCUAAUCGGUGGAUAAACUACAGGGGAGUGUAGGACUUGUCAUGUUACGAUUAUGAUGAUGUGACGUCCUGACAGUGUGGGGAAAGGGUUCAGGGUUGUGUGUCAGCCAACUCAGGGUCAACCAGGAUCCAACGGAAAUUCUCAUGAAACACUUUUCUUCUCUCAUGCCUUUUCCACUUUUCCCUCCUCUGAGGUGAUUCUACGUUUCUGGCGUUUUGUUUUCCGUGGGAGGAUGAGAGUCUGUCGUUCUGUUUUUAAAUCUACUUUCUACACUCCACUAACAGAAGCACUCCACUGCUGUUAAAAAUAAAAGGUAUGACUUAGCUCAAGUAUUAAAUUUGUCAACUUGUGGUUAACCUACCAAACUGACGAUUAAUAUUACCGAGUAGAACUUAAGAAUAUAUUAAACCUGUUGUCCUUCUGGGAUACGAGCUGAUUCAUAGUUAAUAUUCUGUGUUUUUUCAGAGCAAGCUGUACCAGUUAAAAAUCAUAUGAAUGAUGCGACAUCAUUGGUUACAAAUGUUGAAAUACAAGAGGGAAGCGCUCAGGAACUCGCACCAAUGGAUUAGAAUCAGCAAUAACAUUGGAGACACUUUUACCCCGGGUUUUUAUGCUAAUUUUGGCCGGAAAAAAAUGCUCAAAUGAAAACAGAAAUUGUUGUCCCCUGAAGCGUGAUGAACAGAGGUCUCGGAUGCCAGCUUGUCCCAACGUGCUGGUCGCUGCCAAAUAACUCAACCCACCCCCCCCCCCCCCUAACCCCCCAUCCCCCCAUCCCUCCGCCAUGAAUCUCAAACCAACCUCUUGUCACUUAACCGUGAAUGCACUUGUGUACAUUUGAGAAUGUUUAUUUAAUGUAAUUUAAACGAAAAACUACCUUUUUUGGUUCUGGAAGUUUUUGUUCUUUCUUCCAACACUAUAUAUUUUUUUGUCAGAUCUGUUCAAUUUUUCUUCUCAAAUAUACACAAACGACCAGAAUUAAGGCGUAGAGGUCAAGAGUUGAUUUCGGAUUCAGAGGGCAGCCCUCUUCUGUUCCCUCCCUCCUCGGACAGGGACCAAAAUCUGCCAUACUUGUCUUUGUUUGUGAAGAGGCCGCUACCAAAAGAGUAUUUUGAAUACACUGUAAAGAUGUAAAUAACCCUAGAGUACUAUUUAAAGAGAAUGUUCAGUGGAAAAAUGGCCUUUUUGUAAGUAUUUCCAUGAAUAAAGUUUCUAUUUUACACUGUGAAGGGCCAUGUAAAUAAAGUGUUCUGUAAAGAUGUGA